GGCGGAUCGGCGGAUCCAUUCAGCCCUUAUCAACCAUCUUCCUGGUCUCUUCACAGUUCCGGCUCAACUGAUUCAAUCAUGGCGAAUAUUCUCAGAGAAAUGUUCAGCAGAUGAAAGUAAAUUUCAUAUCAUUCCAAGGGAUCUCAAGAACAGGGAACUACCUCAGAUGACUUCACAGCUACUUGGAUGGGAUACUACUGUCUUUUGGGGACAAGAACCCAGUAUGAAUGGUGUUAACUUUCCAGGCUUGUGCGAGUUACCUACAAAAGAUUUCAACUACCCCCAUAGUUCGGAUGGAACGCUGCCAUCUGUCAUCAAUAUUAAAGUGGUCCAAUCAUCCGUAAGCACUGAAGGAAGCAUUUGACGGAAAAGUAACUUGUUUGGUGUUCACUCUUUCUCCCUCACAAUUUUAACCACGAUCUACUAUUACUAUCUAGUUGGAUAAUCAAUUUCCCUUCAUUACUUAUUCAUUUUCUCAUCACAUCGUCAUUGUUGAUUCUCUUAUGACGUAUUUCACGUUACUCUGAUAUCAUAGACAUGCAUCCUUCUUCAAUUCAUUUACUUGUACCUGCGGUUCACAAGAUCACUUAGAUAUAUAAGAUUGAAUGUUUUUCUUACUUUGUAGUUUCCUUUCUUCAUUCAUUCUUAUCAUUUGUCUCUCAUACCAUUAGAUAUUUCGAUUUUCAUCACACUCGUGAUUCUCCAAGAGCCUAAUCAUGAGAAUCACUCGUGUUCUUCCAAAGGCUUGUUUCCUCACCUAGUUGUGUUUAUUAUGGUUAUUCAUUCUUAUCAUUUGUCUCUUGUACCAUUAGGUACUUUGAUUUUCAUCAUACUUGUGAUUCUCCAAGACCCU